CUCCACAAGGAAGGAUCUUUUAGCCUGCGGGCGGGGGAAGAGGGGUGCACUUUGCACAUGCUCAGAGGCAUUCCCUUCAACGAUUUCCGCCUUCCCCCGCCCCCAGCCCUAGGUGGGUGUGGGAGGGGGCGGGCUGGUGGGUGGGCGAUCCUUGCAGGAAAGGGUAGCGGGGCGCGCUUUGCACAUGCUCAGAAGGAGCCUGGCCUUCCCUGUUGCAUCACCCUCCGCCUGCCGGAGGGACUUCUCGGCGCCUUCAGACGAGCUUGGCUGCGCUUCGCCAUCCGUUUCCGAGCACAAAAUUUCUGCCAUCACCCCAGCUUUACCAUGGACGCCGGAGUUGAAAAGGGUGCAGAAGAGAAAAUUCAGGUGGUGCCGAAGGAACGCCUCACCCUCCUCAAACAAAAGAGAGGAGACCGUGAAGCUAAGCCUGAGAAGCCAGCGGACAGCAAGAAGAUGCUGACUGAGGAGAAAGUUGAAGCAUCAGUUGCUACUGAGGAGUUAAAGCACGAGAAAUUGCAGGAGAGUCCGUUAGAUAUCAUAAGCGAGACGGUUAAAGAGGAAAGCAGCAGCGACGAACUGAUGAUCGAGGAUCCUACGGAAGAGGAAAGCGGAAACAGCAACGAGGUGUUGCCGGAUUCUGAAGCGAUGGACCUGAGGAAAGAGAAGAAGGAAGAGGAUGGAGAAGAAGGAAACAGCAGUGAGGAGAUAGUGGAUUCGGGAAGCAUUGAAAUCAGGGAAGAAGAGGACACUCUGGCGCAGAGACUUGAGGAGCUCAAACGGAAAUACGGUGAUCUCUGUCAGAACAGCCCUGCCUUCCAGGAGAUGAUGCUGAGACUCAAAGCCGGCUGGUUAGGCCACAGCAAGGAAGGGGAGCCUUCUCUGGGGAGCUCGGAGCGGCUGCAGCUGAACCGGAUGAUGUGGGGGGGAGACGAGGUCAGCUUCCCCCGGGGGGACGGCCAGGCCGGAGCAUCCGAGGGCCACUCUCUGGACAGCCGGGGACCAAUUUCCAUCCCUUUCGGCAGGGGCUUCUUCGACUUCAGCGAGUUCGCCGUCCAGCAGAGCUUCCUGCAGAAGAAGGGGCUCCCUGAGGUCUCGAAGGGCUAUGGGGUGGUGGGCCUGAGCCCGGGCACCCCGAAACCCCCGCCGGCCGAGAAGCCCUACAAGUGCAACGAGUGCGGGAAGAGCUUCGGCAAGCGGUCGACCCUGAACACGCACGGGCGGACGCACACGGGCGAGAAGCCCUUCAAGUGCUCCCACUGCGACAAGCGCUUCAGCCAGAGCUCCCACCUGCAGCUGCACGAGCGGACCCACACCGGCGAGAAGCCCUACAAGUGCCUCCUGUGCGAGAAGAGCUACAACCAGCGCUCCAGCCUCAUCAUCCACGAGCGCAGCCACACCGGGGAGAAGCCCUACACCUGCCUGGAGUGCGGGAAGAGCUUCAGCCAGAAGGCCACGCUGGUCCUGCAUGAGAAGAGCCACCGGGGCGAGAAGCCCUACAAGUGCCUGGAGUGCGGCAAGGGCUUCAGCCUGAGCGCCGACCUCAUCCGCCACCAGAGCAUCCACACCGGCGAGAAGCCCUACACCUGCUCCGAGUGCGGGAAGAGCUUCAGCCAGAACUCGCACCUCAUGGCCCACAUCCGGACCCACACAGGCGAGAAGCCCCACAAGUGCCUGGAGUGCGGCAAGGGCUUCAACUGGACCUCGGAGCUCGUCGCCCACGAGCGGACCCACACGGGCGAGAAGCCCUACCAGUGCCUCUACUGCGAGAAGAGCUUCAGCGUGCGCUCCAGCCUCAGCAAGCACGAGCGGACCCACACUGGGGAGAAGCCCUACAUCUGCCUGCAGUGCGGCAAGGGCUUCAUCCAGCGCUCCAGCCUGGUGGCGCACGAGCGCUCCCACACCGGUGAGAAGCCCUACAUGUGCCUGGGCUGCGGGAAGUGCUUCCGCGAGAGCUCCCAGCUCAUCGCCCACGAGCGGACGCACACCAGCGAGAAGCCCUACGUCUGCCCUGAGUGCGGGAGCUGCUUCAAGGCCAAGGCGGCCCUCAUCCGGCACCAGCGUUGCCACCUGGGCCUGAACUCUUUCAUAUGCGCGGACUGCGGGAAGAUCUUCUCGUCAGCCGCCGAGAGCCCGGAGAAAUGCCCCGAGUGCGUCAACCUGGGCCUGAUGGCCGACCUGGCACAAGCCUCCGGAGAGGCCUACCUAGAGGCGGCAGAAGGAGAAGGAGGAGAAGACGGAAGUGAGGCGAAGAUAUGAGAAGCGAUUUUUCCUUUCCGCUUGGCCGGUGACCUCUUGCACCCUCUUUCAGGUGAAAGGAUGGCGUCAAAGAACUGUGCCACAGCUGAGGGUGAACUCUGGUCUGGUCACUGAAGGAAGAGCCGGUUGCCGUCUCCAAACAUAGCUGUGAAAAGGAUGGGGCGGCCCUCCCCUCCAUUUUGGGCUAACUGCUUCCUUCUCUUUCCUCCUCCUCUUUUUUCUGGUCCUAUGGCUCUCCCUUCUCCAUGUUGGGCUUGGUAAGGAAGGGGCGCUAGAGAGGUGUGAGGCUGCUGCCUAGCAACAGCCCACCAUGUUCUCCAGCAAC